AUGAUUGGGGAGGAGCCUAGACCGAGUGACCCCGCCCUGCAGGAAGAUUGGGACGAGCGCGCCUCGGCUGGCUACUAUUUGAUGUCGCAGAGGUGGGAGCUGAACCAACGUCACCACGCUUUGCACCUACUACGUAAGGUUGAUUGCGGUCCGAAGGCGUGGUCCGUCUUGAAGGAGCUGCACGCCCCUACCUCCGUCGCCGCAACGCUCAUGAUGGAGAGGGAGCUGUCCGCGUUGCGCUUGAGCGAGGGAGAGCCCGUACAACCUGUUCUGGACAAGAUGCGUGAUCACUACGGGAAGCUGGCGAUCGCAGAAAUCACCUAUCCAGAGCAGACCAAGUGCCUGAAGAUGCUGUCGCUGCUGCCGGAAUCGUGGCUUCAAUUCAUGAGCGGAUUGAGCCUGCCGCAGAACCAAAGCUUGUGGACGCUUGAGUGGGUGCGGACGAAGAUUCUGGAGGAGGACUUCCGUCGCCGCCAACUGAGGGGUGGAGAUGACGGCAGCAGCGGCUACGGGAUGCAAGGGAGCCGACGUGGCAGAGGACGUGGCUUUGGUGGUGCUGGACGCGGUGCAAAGAAGGACGACGACUCCAACGACCAACAAGGAGGUAUCGGUUAG